AUGGCUCACAACUGGACCUCUCCAGCAAGUCACGUCGAGUUACUGGAGACGUCGUCGAGAUGCGUGACGGAGAGCAGGACGCACAACUUCGACGUGGCCGGUUACUCUCUCGACGGCAUGGGCGUCGGCAAGUACAUUAGAUCGAGCAGAUACAGCGUCGGGGGCUACCACUGGUGCAUCAGAUUCUACCCAGACGGAGAGAGCGUGAACGAUGCCGGCAACACAUCGUGCUUUCUGUGCUACCUCGGCGGAGCCAAGGAUGUGAAGGCCAAGUUCGCGCUCACCAUGCUGAGGACCAGAGGCAUUCAAGCAGAGGUGGUCAGCUGGCGCGCGAAGGAGCACGUCUUCUCUCAGCGGAAUGACGAGCGGGGCCGCCGCAGGUUCGUGAGCAGGUGGAGCCUGAAAUCCCUGUCCCGCGAAGGCGAAGGCGACGGCUGCUUCACGAUACGGUGCGUGCUCACCGUCAGGAAGGAGACUCCGCUGGUGCUGCAGGGCGACCUCGAGCCCUGUAUCGGUGACCCGACAGGCGCGGACGUCACGUUCCGCGUGGGCGGCCAGGAGUUUCCAGCACACCGGUUCCUCCUGGCCGCGCGGUCGCCAGUCUUUCGAGCUCAGCUCUUUGGACCCAUGGCGGAGAAGGACAUGGGGCGCGUCAAGGUCGUGGAUGUGGAGCCGGCCAUCUUCCAAAUGAUGCUUCACUACAUCUAUACGGAUUCGCUGCCACCGUGCGAUGACAGAGACGGGCACAGCAUCGCGACGCUGCAGCAUUUGCUGAGGCUCAUGUGCGAGAAGGAGCUGUGUGAAAAGAUCGAUGUCAAGACUGUGAGGUCCACGUUCGCAUUGGCGAAUCAGCACAAGUGCGAGCAGCUCGAGUGA